AUCAAUUGAGCUCUCGUUGUGUCUGGACAAUCGACGCAGUCCUGCGAUCAUGGCUGCCGGGCACUUAGCACUGAUCGGUUUGCUGUUGGCGCUAGCAUCCGCUCCAGUCUGGAGUGCCGCUGUACCGUGCGAGUCCGAUUCUGGAACCGGGAAUGAUAACAGUGUCACCGAAUGGCAACCUCGAACCCCGGAACAGACCCUGUACGCGUACGUUCGCUGCCUGAACGAUUCUUCGGCCAGUGUCGAAAUGAAGAUCCGUUGGGUACGGUGGCAGCCGGACAAUUCUCCGGAGAGUCAGUGCUACGUCAAGUGUGUCAGUGAGGAGCUCCGCUUGUUCGAUACCGAGGAGCAGCGGUUCCGUCCGGAAAGGUUCGUGCAGCAGGCGGAUGCUUUCUACAAGGCGGAUCCAGCUAAGCUGCAAGCGCUGAAAGUGGAUGCUGAGCCGAUGCUGACAGGAAAGCUGGAAGAGGUUUCGUGUCAAUCGGUGUUUGAAAAGUACGCGAAAUUUUAUGCCACCCACACUGAUACGAUCCUUCGGAUGUUCCAUGGCCAUUAUCAGGAUAUUGGGCACACAUAUCAGCGGCUUGGGGAUCAAGUGAAACAAAUUGGACAAACUUUUGUGGAAUACUGUGAAAAGCGGUAUGGAAGUCGUUGGACUGAGGACAGCAGUUGUCCUUCAGCUGCUUUGCUGGAUUGCAUUUUGCGAGGAUUCCGUUGGAUUACCGAAACAAAUGAAUUGAAUAUCAACGAAGUUCGACGUGACUAUGGCUCUGCUGGCUACAAUGACGAAGCAGAUUUGUGUGAAUCAUCGACGGCGAAUGCUCGUGCAUUCUAUCUCUGUUUGCGAGAUAAAGGUGCCGAGAAGCUGGACAAAGUGAUUAAAGAGCGCAAUCAACGGACAGCAUUCUAUUUUGACGUGGCCUCGCAGGAGGAACCGUGGAAGUCGGCAGUUGAAUUUGCCAAUAAUCUGGUAUAGAAUGAGUUUUUCUGCUCGCGUUGAAGCAUAAAUAAUUACAAGAGUACAUUCCAUGACUAGAAGUCAUUGACUGCUAGAAUAAUACGAAUCCGUUCCGGGUGUGAUAGGAACUGUUGGUGUGCAGUUUGCGCAGUAAUUGUUCUUGUUUGUAAUAAUGCCUUACCAUGUCUCUAGGAUCGAACUACAAAAGUCAACUAUUUGAAUAAUUACAUGUGAAAUUAGAAAUGUAUUUCGAGAUAUUAGACAUGGUAACCUGAAUAGAGCAUUAAUCGAUAGUGGAGGAAAAUUAAAAGACAACAAAUAAAAAAUUAUCAGUACACUAAUUAUUUCAAACCGUACA